UUCAUAUCAUUUCAGGAUAUCAACUUUUCAGCAGAAGGAACAUCAGGAGCCAAGGGGUCUACUUAAACCUGUAGUUGCUGCUCACAAAAUGAGGAUGCAGACUCUGAAUUGUUGGUUUAGAUGUUCUUCAUGCAAGAGCAAUAUACUGAAGGAGAGAAGUAUGCUAUGUUGAUCAGUGAUUUCAAGGAAAGCUUAGAACGUUGAAACAAAGUUGCAAAUGAUACAAGACUUCUAAGUAAUGGGAGGCUCCCUCUAAUAAAUGGACGAUAAAGGCUACUUAUCUAAAGUGCUUUGAGCGCAAGAAAGAGCUGUCUUCAGCACUGCACUGAGCGUCUACUUUUUGCUGCUUACAUGAGCUUGGUCAUUUCCUUACCAUUUGCAUUCCAUAUUGGAAGAAGAGAUUUUUAUGCAUGAAAAAUGCCUUUGUUUAGUAAAUCACACAAAAAUCCAGCAGAAAUUGUGAAAAUUCUGAAAGACAACAUGGCCAUUUUGGAAAAACAAGAAAAAAAGACAGAAAAGGCUUCAGAAGAAGUGUCAAAAGCACUGCAAGCAAUGAAGGAAAUUCUGUGUGGUACAAAUGACAAGGAGCCCCCAACAGAGGCAGUGGCUCAACUGGCACAAGAACUCUACAACAGUGGGCUGCUGGUGACACUGAUAGCUGAUCUGCAGCUCAUAGACUUUGAGGGAAAAAAAGAUGUGACCCAGAUAUUUAACAACAUCCUGAGAAGACAGAUAGGCACUCGCUGUCCUACUGUGGAAUACAUCAGUGCUCAUCCUCACAUCCUCUUUAUGCUCCUCAAAGGAUAUGAAGCCCCACAGAUUGCCUUACGUUGUGGGAUUAUGCUGAGAGAAUGUGUUCGAUAUGAACCACUUGCCAAAAUUAUCCUCUUUUCUGAUCAAUUCAGAGAUUUCUUCAAGUAUGUGGAGUUGUCAACAUUUGAUAUUGCAUCAGAUGCCUUUGCUACUUUUAAGGAUUUACUAACCAGACAUAAAGUGUUGGUUGCAGAUUUCUUAGAACAAAAUUAUGACACUAUUUUUGAAGACUAUGAAAAACUGCUGCUGUCUGAAAAUUAUGUGACUAAGAGACAAUCUUUAAAGCUGCUAGGUGAACUGAUCCUAGAUCGUCACAACUUUGCCAUUAUGACCAAAUACAUCAGCAAGCCAGAGAACCUGAAACUCAUGAUGAACCUCCUUCGUGACAAAAGCCCCAACAUCCAGUUUGAAGCUUUUCACGUCUUUAAGGUGUUUGUGGCCAGUCCUCACAAAACACAGCCAAUUGUGGAGAUUCUGCUGAAAAAUCAACCCAAACUCAUUGAGUUUCUAAGCAGCUUCCAAAAAGAAAGGACAGACGAUGAGCAGUUCACAGACGAGAAGAACUACUUGAUUAAACAGAUUCGCGACUUGAAGAAAGCAGCCCCAUGAAGCCCCACCACUGCCUGCCACAGCCAUUUGUCUCCCUCACUCUGUUUGUAUAUCAUUUUAGAAAGUCAUUGUUCUUGGGAAGGCUUGGGAGGUGCCUGGUUUUUCUCAAUUAAUUGUUUGGGGUAGAUGGGAUAUAAACAUUUGAAUGAAGAAAAUUAAUCUAGAAUAAUAUAUUCAUUUUAAUCAAAUGAUUAUGUGAAAUCAGAGCUAUUAGGCAUUUGACAAAAGCAACUUUGAAG